AUGAGUGCGGGAGGCACGAGCAGGGGAGACACCAACAGCGCGACGGACGACACGCUGAAGGCGGAGCUGCGCGUGCGUGACAAGGAACAAGGGCGAGUAUUGCUGGUGAAGGCCCGGCAGCAAGCGCAUGACGAGGCGACGAAGCAGGAGAUGGGCCGGCAGCUCCACAAGCGACGAAAGCGGCUCGACCACACCAAGGCGCGUCGAGAGCGGCGUGCUGAGCGUGAACGGAUGGCGGCUGAGUUGGCGAAGAGCGGUGCUACGGUGGCAGCGGUGUCGACGCCCGCGCCAGGCCCCAGGGAAGGCCAAGUACAGCUGGCAGACGGUGUGGCUGCAGGGUCGGAUGUGGUCAUGCCCGAGCCGAGCGACGAGUUUCGAGAAGUGUUGAGCUGGAGUGCCCGUGCAGCUCAGGCGCUACAGGAACUCCGAGCCCGAGAGAAGGUGCUGAAAGAUGGCUACGCUGACCUUGCGGUGGCGGAGUCGAGUCGACGAGAGGAUCUGGCUGCUGGCAAUGCGGUCGGCGAGGACGCGAUGCGCGAGGAAGUGGCGAAGCGGCUGGUGGUGGCGGCCGCGGGGCUCGACGCCAUUGGCGAGAAGGACUGGACGGCCGAGAACAGCACAAUGCUGCAGCGGUCCAGGACGAGACGACGUUACGAGAAGCGUAUGCGCAAGGCAAGGGUGAAGGAGCGGCGUGAGUUGCGGGCAGCGCUGGCGAAGCUGACGCAGCCAACGCUCGCGUACAAGGCAGUCGAGGAAGUGUACCGGCGACUGGGAGCCGACACCGAGCGAGUGCUGAGUCGACAGGAGGCGGAGGCAAUUGGGUUCGUGUUGCCCAGCGCGACGAAGGUGCUGAGACGACGACCGAGGCGACAAGAAGAUGAUACACGGUAG